AUGGAGCCAUGCCAUAAUAUUGAGCAACUCCCCCUGGAGCUGAGGUGGAAGAUAUGGUCUAAAGUUGGCGAAACAGACAGCUAUACUCAAUUGCUUCGCACAAACCGCCUCGUUCGAUCGGACAUUCUAUCCCUUAUCCCUGGCAUAGGACUUUGUUGCCAAUGUUCACCGUACAAGCCCUGUUCAUGUGGCAAAUAUAUUGCCGUCAAGAGACUUACUAUCGUCGUGGAACCCGACUGCUCUCCCCAAUCCUGGCUCAAGUUCUCGGUCUCAGUGAUUCGUGGUCAAGGAACAACUUGGAAGGUUGGAAGUUUGGAUGACAUGCUUGCACAACCUCUCCGUUACCUUCGCCCAAAAGAAAUAUUCAUCGACUUUCAAGCUCCAAAGAAGGGGUACUACCAAAUAAAUUUCCUGAUAUUGCGCGCCAAGCUGUUUGACGUUUGCGCGGCUCUGGACCUUGUUCAAGCCCAAAAUUCGCGGUCACUGCAUCUGCAUUUCAGCGAUCCUUGGGCAAAUUCUGGUAGUGGCCCAAAUACGCCGUUCUGGGAAAAUCGACCCCGGAGCUAUGGAAUGAAACAAAAAGACAUGACUCGCCUAAUACGUGGGGGGGAUCUCAGACCGCUCAUAUGUAAUUUUAAUCACCUUGGGAGACGGGAUGCCUUCCUAUAUUUUUACGAGAUGACUUUGACCCCGUUUUGUAUGCAUUGGGCUUGGAGGAACGCAAAGGUUACAUUCGACAGGGAGCCUAAAUUGAAGAGUACCUCUUUCAUCACAUCAACGUUUGCAGCCAGCCGACAACAUAUCGUAUAUCACGGUGUCAAUGCCUUAAUCCUUACAGCGUGGGCCUAUACCGAACAGCUCAUGCGAGAGGGAAAGAUCAGAGAAUCUGAAGAAGAGUUUGUGCCCCAAAUCGAAAAUCAUGAAGACAUACGUGUGAAAUGGGCCUCUCAAGAGCUUCAUCAUAGCUCUUGGAAAAAGGCAUUUGAGUGUUAUCUCAACUUUACCAUCGCCACCUCCGAAAGCUUUCAGCGUAUUAUGGAUAUCGGAAUGUCGCAGACAGCAAAUUUGCCUGAAACCAUUUGGUGGCAUUUGGACAACUCUCCAAAAGACGCAUUCUCGGAGGAACACCCUGGAUCUGCUGAAGGGGCAGGGAAUAUGGGCUUUGAGAUUGGCACCUGGACAUGGAACCAUGAUAUCAUACGACGAAGAUAUCACGAAUGGGUUCAACUCUGGGACGAUUCGCAAUACGAUGACUUCGAUCCCUGUUUGUUCGAGUCAUUUUAUUCGCUCCUGGAUUUGCAUCAUAGACCGAUCCUGGAAUUUCCCUCAGAGAGAGUUUCAGAAUUUGAAUCCAUGUUGGAUGAAGAGAGCGAGAUUAUACCCUACGAGGACUUUGAAGCACAUCAGCUGAGAUACAUUUGGCCACUCAGCUGGAAAUGGCAGCGUAGCUCGGGUUGGAAACGUCGGCGAUACAUGGAAUCUGUAAUUAGUUUGUAUAUGAGCUUACAAAGCCUAGCUUAGCCG